GCCGCCGCUGCCGGUAACGCGCAGCUGGUCUUGAACGUCCCCCCGGUCCUCAUUGUGCAGCCGAGGAAGUGUCGGAAGGUUCCGCCGACGUCGGUAUGAAAUGGCAGAAACUGCCCGUGUCACGGAAGCUCAACGAUUAGACUACGCUAAAAACACACAUGGAUUUUGUGGAGACCCCGGCCUGUUAGUUUAAGGGCCACAGGAGUGUGCCCGAAGAAGGAAUUCAGAGUUGUUGGCUUCUCCGACGGCCAGUGGACGGCGUCUGCGGGCGGAAAGUGUUGUAAUUAUCCGGACAGGGGUGUUGAGCCUAAACCCCCCACUUGGAUGCGCAUUCCCACAUUGUCCAAGGUUAAACCAUGAACCGGAAUAAGCGUGAGAAAGAGUACUACAGUAUAGAUGUGGGAGACUCAACUUUUAUGGUUUUAAAGCGUUACCAGAACCUCAGACCCAUCGGAUCCGGAGCACAGGGAAUUGUCUGUUCAGCUUACGACCACAACUUGGAAAGGAACGUCGCCAUCAAGAAGCUGAGCCGACCCUUUCAGAAUCAAACUCAUGCGAAACGAGCCUACAGAGAACUGGUGCUGAUGAAAUGUGUCAACCACAAGAAUAUAAUCGGCCUAUUACAUGUAUUCACACCUCAGAAGACACUGGAGGAGUUCCAAGAUGUAUAUCUAGUGAUGGAGUUGAUGGAUGCCAACCUCUGCCAGGUGAUUCAGAUGGAACUGGACCACGAGAGGCUGUCCUACUUACUUUACCAGAUGCUGUGUGGAAUCAAACACUUGCAUGCAGCUGGAAUCAUACAUAGGGAUCUAAAGCCAAGUAACAUAGUGGUCAAAUCUGACUGCACACUAAAGAUCCUGGACUUUGGCCUAGCCAGGACAGCUGCCACCGGCCUCCUGAUGACGCCCUACGUGGUCACCCGCUACUAUCGUGCCCCUGAAGUCAUCCUGGGCAUGGGCUACCAGGCUAACGUGGAUAUAUGGGCUGUGGGAUGCAUUAUGGCAGAAAUGGUACGCCACAAAAUCCUUUUUCCGGGAAGGGAUUAUAUUGAUCAAUGGAAUAAGGUCAUUGAACAGUUGGGGACGCCGUCUCAGGAAUUCUUGAUGAAACUCAACCAGUCGGUGAGGACCUACGUGGAGAAUCGACCACGCUACGUAGGCUACAGCUUUGAGAAGCUCUUCCCGGAUGUUCUGUUUCCCGCAGAUUCCGAACACAACAAACUGAAAGCAAGUCAAGCAAGAGACCUGCUGUCAAAGAUGCUGGUUAUAGACGCAUCCAAGCGGAUUUCGGUAGACGAAGCUCUCCAGCAUCCUUACAUCAACGUCUGGUAUGAUCCUACUGAAGUGGAGGCGGUAAGGAUGGAAGGAGUCUCUCUGCAUCAUUCAGAUGAAAAAAAUGUGUUUUCAAUAUUAAUUUCACAUAUUUUUGUUUCUUCACAGCCGCCACCUGCUAUUACAGACAAGCAACUGGAUGAGCGAGAGCACACGGUGGACGAGUGGAAAGAGUUGAUCUACAAAGAAGUGUUGGACUGGGAGGAAAGGACAAAGAAUGGUGUCGUUAAAGGACAGCCAGCAUCCAUUGCACAGGUGCAGCAGUGAUCAGCGAUGCCCUGCAGCAGCACCACCAGCACCCCACCCCCGCACGCUCCUCUCCCUGUGUUGCCUCCACGGACCCAGAAACGGGCGAUGGGGCGCCGGGCCCCUGCAGAUAAUACCCAUGCAGGCCCCACCCCUUCCCGGACCUCACCUCCAUUCUGUAAAAGACUUUUUGAAGCCACUUCAAUGAUUUGGUCUGAAAAGGUAAGAAGGCGAGUUUUAAAAUGCUGUCCUGUAAACGUCAUGUGACUUUCUACCUAUGUUGAAUCCUUUCAUUGACAUGUUUAUGAGGACCAGACGGACCUAAACAGGUGCAAGUGUUGCAUGUGUCGCUAGUGAGCGUUAAAAAGCUUUUAAGGACGUAAAGUGAGUUUUGGUUGUGGAUGAGAAAGUGAUUGAAGAACAUCAUCCUGGUAUUAGUAACUUAACACUGGCUUCAUGGCGCCCCCAAAAAACGGAACCUCAGCCUUUUGGUUUUGAAGCCUGCAGUUGAAAAGAAGCCGCAUGUCAACUAAACAGCAGCACAAAAAUAAGAUUAAAAUGAAAAUAAUAUGCAAUAAUGUCCUUUUGAGUUUUUGUAAUCUAAGAGAAGUGCCUGUUGUGCUGCAACACGUCUUUCAUGUUGCUUUUAAUGGACAGAUUUAAACAACCAACAACUGUGGCAUGGAGAACACUAGCUUUUUUUUUUUAAAACUCAAGUUUGACCCUUAAGGGACACUAUCAGUGUCAGACAAGGCAAGUUCAUCCAGGUCUUUCAUCAAAGUGACCCUCAAAUAACUCACUAAAUCUAAAUUUUUCUGCUGAAUACGACACUUGAUGAUCACAAAUGAAUGACGGAGAAAGCUGACAUGUUUGUGUAGUCGGAUAAAAAUCAAGUCAAGUCAAACAACACUGCAACAUAAAGUUUAUGGCAGUUUUUUGUAUUGGUCAUGAUGCUUUUUGUUUGUCUGCCUGCUGGGGUAAUUAAUUAUGUACUUAAAUAAAACAACGUGUAUUCUUUUCA